AUGGCGUGCACGUAUUAUAUAAUGGCCGCGCGCCGCAACUUCGCGUCGAUUCUCCAUCACGAAAUGAAGAAAUCGGCGCAUAUGCCGGCGGCAAGUGAACGUCCGCUCUACAGGAACGCGUUCGACAGAGCAGAGCAUGCCUCGUUAUGGGCGUUGGACAAGACCAAAUUCGAACGAACGAAGCCGACAGAGUCGCUUGCCGACCUCAUCACGCCGCACGCCCAUGGGCACAAGUUCACGAACUCGGGGAUUACCAAAUACGCGCACUACGUAAACGUGUGGGAGCCGGUAUUCCCACGUACCCCCGAUGUGCAAAAGGGAGAACUCAUAUCUGGAGCCAACUUCACCCGUACUAGCGGAUGGCAUCUGCCCGGAGAACCGGCGAUAGUCUCGGUUGGGAAAUUAGCGCCGGACAACCAAAGGGCUAUCGGUUACGCAGAAAACGCUGUCGUGCCCGACUCUAUUGCGCCCGACGUAUUCCCAGACUUCAGCGAGUACAGGCUGCCCAAGGGAACUGACAGAAGAGCGGCCAUAUACCUCAUGUCAGCGACGGCGAUGUUCUUCUUCCUCGCAUUGGGCAGGUCCAUCGUGUGCAAAGUCAUACACUUCUUCUGGGUGGCGAGAGACGUUGCUGCUAGUGGCUCCAUAGAGGUUAACGUCUCCCAGAUGAUACCCGGCGAUCAGAUCACCGUCAAGUGGAGGGCGAAGCCCGUAUUUAUCAAGAGGCGUACGCGUGAAGAAAUUGAGCGUUCUAGGUACGAAAACAUCGUAUUAAGUUAUAUCAAACCGUGCAGGAAGGACGAUGAGAUCGUCGACUCCAUGAGGGAUCCUGAACUGGAUUCGGAAAGAAACGUGAACCCAGAGUGGCUCGUCAACAUCGGUAUAUGCACACAUCUGGGUUGUGUUCCUACCAAAGGAGGCAACUACGGUGGUUACUUCUGCCCAUGCCACGGAUCGCACUACGAUGCCUCGGGCCGAAUUAGACAAGGACCCGCUCCAUCAAACCUUGAAGUGCCACCCUACAAAUUCAUCGACGAAAACACAAUCAAACUAGGGUGA